AUGCUCGCUCGUGUCAACAAGGAGCGCGCGGCCAACGGAGUCUCGAAGCUCUGCAUGAACAAGAAGCUGCAGGCCGCGGCUCAGCGCCACUCGAACGACAUGGCCAAGAACAACUACAUGGCUCACGACGGUGCGGACGGCUCUACGAUGUCGCAACGCGUGACCCAGGCCGGCUACGAAUGGGAGAGCGUCGCCGAGAACGUCGCGGCCGGCCAGGAGGACGUCGAGUCCGUCAUGAACGAGUGGAUGCAGUCUACGGGCCACCGAGAAAACAUCUUGUGCGCCGACUACACCAUGUUCGGCACGGCGUACGCGUACAGCAAGGACUCCACGUACGGCUACUACUGGACGCAGGACUUCGGCAGCGGUCCGACGGAGUCGUGCGAUGGUGGCAACUCG